CAUGCCGGUGCGCAGGGCUCCUGCCGCCUUGUGGGGCUGCUGCUGCUGCUGCCUGCUGCUCCUGCUGCUGCUCCUGCCGCUGCCGCCGGGGCCGGAGUUGUGCGCGGCGGCGGCGGAGGCGGCGGCGGGGGCGCCCACGGAGGGCGUCCCGCUGGCGGCGGAGGCGGCGGGCUGCCCGGUGUGCCUGUGGCGCCAGCACAGCAAGGAGCUGCGGCUGGAGAGCAUCAAGUCGCAGAUCCUGAGCAAGCUGCGCCUCAAAGAGGCGCCCAACAUCACGCGCGAGGUGGUCCAGCAGCUGCUGCCCAAGGCGCCGCCGCUGCAGCAGAUCCUCGACCUGCACGACUUCCAGGGCGACUCCUUCCAGCACGACGACUACCUGGAGGAGGACGAGUACCACGCCACCACCGAGACCGUCAUCUCCAUGGCCCAGGAGACGGACCCUGUUGUGCAGAUUGAAGGCAAUCCACACUGUUGUUUCUUCAACUUCAGCCCCAAGAUUAUGUUCACCAAGGUAGUAAAAGCACAGUUGUGGGUGUACCUGCGACCCGUUCAGCACACUUCCACAGUUUACUUACAGAUCCUGCGCCUCAAGCCAGUGACGGAGGAUGGCAGCCGCCACAUCCGUAUCCGCUCGCUCAAGAUUGACCUGAACUCUCGCAUUGGUCACUGGCAGAGCAUUGACUUCAAACAUGUGCUGCAGAACUGGUUCAAGCAGCCACAAAACAACUGGGGUAUCGAGAUCAACGCUUUUGAUCCGAAUGGGAAUGACCUGGCUGUCACUUCGCUUGGGCCUGGUGCUGAAGGUCUGCACCCUUUCAUGGAGCUGCGCGUGCUGGAGAACAACAAACGGUCCCGGCGGAAUCUGGGCCUAGACUGUGACGAGCACUCCACUGAGUCCCGGUGCUGCCGUUAUCCCUUGACCGUUGACUUUGAGGCUUUCGGCUGGGAUUGGAUUAUCGCCCCCAAGCGGUACAAAGCCAACUACUGUUCAGGCCAGUGUGAAUAUAUGUUCAUGCAGAAAUACCCUCACACCCACCUGGUGCAGCAGGCCAAUCCCAGAGGCUCCGCUGGGCCUUGCUGCACGCCCACUAAGAUGUCCCCCAUCAACAUGCUAUACUUCAAUGAUAAACAGCAGAUCAUCUAUGGCAAAAUCCCUGGCAUGGUGGUUGACAGGUGUGGAUGCUCUUAAACCUCCCCCACCCCUGCCUGUCCUGUCCCUCCCUUUUCCUCAUCCCCUUGGAUUCCUGCUUCGAUGAUGCGCCCUGAUACUGAAUGAAUCCAUUCCUUAGCAUUUCAAAAACAUUUUGGAAGAGAAAAUAAUUGUGAGAACAAGAGGAAUAGAAUUUGUUAUCGAAAAAUCUCUGAAGUGACAUCACGCGCUGUGCAAUAAUCAAAACAGACGUCACAUUACCGGAGAGGGGACGAGUUGGCUUGGAUCAAUACUCUCCUCCCCGAGGCAGAUGUGAAACGAGCAUUUCCUUUCUUCCUCUCCAGAACCCUUUGUUUGACCCAUCACUGCUCAAGCUUUAUUUUUAUUGGCAUUCUCUCUUUCUCCCCCACCCUCUUCCUCUCUUGAACUGGCAGGCAAAAAUAGUUAUAUGUUAAAAAAAAAAAAGUUCAUCAGAAAGAGACUUUUCAACCCGUUUACAAACAGCGAACGCUUCCUAGAUUGUGAUUGUUAAGUUAAAUAAAAUGUUGUAUGGAGCUAUAGAGAUAAAGAGGGGGGGGGGGGAAAGAGGUAAAUAUUUUGUAUUAAGAUGAAGAAAGGAGAAGGGAACCAGCCAGCUUGGGGGACAUUUGGUAUUUGCUUUGAGGUUUUAUGGGGGGAAUUUGAGGGUUGCUGAACCUGCCUGCCUUUUGAAAGACAGAAUACCUGAAAAGAUAGGAGACUCCAAAGAAACUGCAAAUGGGAUCUUGGAAUGUUUCUGUGUGUUGCAUGGUUGCAAAAAGUGGUGUUGCAACGGAGCCAUAUCUGAGACUUGGGAGGGUUUUGAAGAGCUGUCUUAUUGGAGGGGAAAUUCUUACUUCUAGCUGCCUUGGACACAAGUCCAGCCCUUUGGUUUCAGCGUCUCUGAUAUCUGCUAUCAGUAGUUCCACAACUUCCCUAAAAAGUAUAAACACAGUUCAAUUCAUUCAUACUCAUCCUUAGUUUCACAUGGGAUCCACCUAGGAUUGCCAGCUCAUGCUUGGGAAAUACCUGGAGACUUGGCGGUGGAGCUUGGAGAGGGGAGAGAACUCAGCAAGGUGUAAUGCCAUAGAGCCCACCCUCCAAAGCAGCCCUUUUCUCUCCAGGGGAACUGAUCUCUGUGGGCUGCAGGUCAGUUGUAAUCCCGGGAGAUCUCCAGUCCCCCCUUAAGAGGCUGGCAGGUCCACCACAAACGCAUCUUGGCAGUAGGGAGUAAAAGUCCACGAGGGAGAAGUUUGUGCACAUCAGGACAAAAAGCCUCUGUUCUCCUUCCCUCCCCCAGACACGCCUUUUGGCAUAAUUUGAGCCAUCUCAUGGAAGCCCCCUUCUUGACUGAACAGGAGUCUCCCCAAGAUGCAGUUGUGGAGAAGGCAAAUCCCCUUUAUUUAUUUCUUAAUUAUUAACAAUAGUGCAUUACUACUUAAAGCAACAUUUCCCAAUAGAUUCUGAGCGAUUAAAAACUCCACGCCAUGUAAAUAUAAUGGAACUCGUGCUUUUCCUUUGCCAACUGCAGAACCGAACAAACCCCACCAGUUUGUUUUGCCUGACUGCAGCGUUUUUUAAAGUUUUAAAUUUUAGUGACAAAGCAUUUCCUGACAUGAGAUGCUCUGUAUGCCUACUCCCUUUCUUCUGCACAUCCGGUUGUAUCAUGUUUUAUUUUAGAAUUUUUAAAUGCACUUAUAUAGAUUCUUAGUCCAUUUCGAGCCUUCUUUAAAACUGCAGUAUAAACUUCCUUCCCCCAACCCACAACACAGAGCGAUUCAGCCUCUGCAAUCUGGGAUAAGGAGGUUCAAGUAUGACAUGGGGGAACACAAACCUACACAAAAGGAAGAAUGGCUUGCAUCUAGAAAUAACAGCCGUGCUUCUAUACCGUUCUUCUAGAGAGAUUAGUGUCCCAUGCAGAGCAGUGAAUGAAGUCAGUGUUGUUGUUGUUAUCCCCACAAUGCAGCUGGGGAGCCGGGGCUGAGAGCAGUGGCUUGCCCAAGGCCACCUGCGGAGCUCAUGGCAGUAGAGGGAUUCAAGCCAGCAGAGUGCUGAUUUGCAGCCCAACCAUUAUGCUACAGCAGCAGCAAGUAUAUAACACAGUCUGAAUUACUUUCGCCCAGAGUUGAUGUUACUUCUCUCAGGAUCAAGUAAAAAGUCAGAGAGGCCUUGGGAUGAUUGAUGAAGCAUGAACCACGGCUAGGAAUAUUGCAACUAUAGUUUUACGAACAGCCCUACAAGGGAGAGGUCAGAAAGGAUUCCAGAUGAAGAAACAGCAAAGGCAAUCCAUUUGCAAAGAGGAUAAAAGUUUGAGUCAAGUUUCUAAUAGGGAAAAAACCCAUUUGGACAGUUAGAAUUACGAGCAGAUGGAAGUAUAGUAAAGUACAGAUUGUUUUCUCAAAGGUGGAAACAUGCUGGGAGAUGAGUAGGUAUACGUAUCAGGUUUUGUUUCUGGCAGAAGAUCGAGAGGUUCUAGUAGCUCUAACUGGAAUAGGCCUAUGCGUUUCUACUUCUGAGGUUAAAGUAUGGAUUCAGCUUUGUAAGAUUUCGUUGGCAAAUGGUUCAGUGAAACAUGCUGAAAUUUCAGUUCGUAUAGGAAAGAACAAAAAGGAGACUACCAGGGGAGAAUAAUCUCUGAAAUAGAAUCCUUUUUUCAUACAUUUUUACAAAGGUUUCCGAUGGGACCUACUCCCCCCACCCCCACCCCACGCAAGUAAUCUCUGCAGUAGACAAUGACAAACACUUGGGCUCACACUACUCAUACCAUUGUGGCGUCGUUACUUCCCUUUUGCUAUUUUCUUGACAGUGUGAAACCAGGAUCCCUGUUUCUCCAGAGUUCAGCCGUUCCUGCUCCUUGGGGCUUGUUUCUCCACUUCGCUGCUUGGGCUGUCUAGCUAGCUGCUGUGGGGCAUGAUGCAACUCUUCAGAAGUGCCUGUCAUGGGUCUGGAACCCAAGUGUGGAGGUGAUGGACUGGAGGGGAGUCUGUAGCAGAACUGGAGCCGAGUGUUUGUCCAAGAUUUUUUUUGCACAGACAAUAUUGAGCCAAUUGCCAGCUUGUCUGUCGAGAUGAUAGCCGUCUCGCUAUGUUAGAGCAGCUAAAAAUAUGUCAUUCAACUUUCCCUGCAAAAAAUACUGUUUAUGAAUAGGAUGGAUGGGGAAGAUGAGGUCAAAUGAGAUCAUCUCCCCAUCAAGAUCUCAUCUACCCUACUGAAGAUUUGCCCGUGCCAUUCUAGCACUUAUUUUGUAAGAGUUAAUCUGUGAAUCUCGGUGCCAAGCCUGAUUCCUACGUGGAGCAAAUUUGUUCUUUUUUAUAGGCUCAUUGAGUACUCUUGAAUUGCCUUACUGCUCUGACAGUAACAGGCCGGUAGGCAAUCCUUAGACGAAAGCAUACAGGAAGUCUUGAAUGAAGAUGCAUGUAGAAAACCUAAACUUCCCACCCCUACCUCUCCCCUGUUGCUAGGGAGCCCAUUGUUGCUCUAGCAGAGCAAAAUCUUAGCACUUCUCAUGGGUUUAAACCCUAAAUACCAAAGUCCCUUGCCCAAGGUUGCACAGAAAACAGCUCUCCUGACCCUUUUUGAGCUACACUGCCUCUAUCUCUAGCACUUAUAGACUGAAGCGCUUCACCCUUAAGCACUCCUCAUCAAACAUACCUUUUCAGCUUGAUGAAUACAUGCUAGACGACAUUAACUUAUAAACCACUUGGUGCAAAUGAAACUGAGUUUAGGUAUGCAACUGGAUAAACACUCUGCAAAGGGAACCUUUUAAUGGAGUCCUCAAGUGCUUGGAAUGAGCUUGAUCCUUUAGGGUUAUCUGAAAAUUCCCCCAUCCGUUCUGUGUCCUCUUACCCUCAUUUCUUGUUUCUGCAGUUUGAAUUCUCGAUAGAACAUUAAUCCCAUUAAAAGGUUGGCUCUAAAACGGAGACCAAAUGUAAACUUAGAGUCUUCCUCUUGGAGGAUCACCCAGCUCCACACAAGUAGAAUGCCCAAAUGUGAAUGAAAAAUACAUGCUGUGUUAUUUUCUUAUUAGUAUCCUGUCAAUAAAAGCUGAGGGGAGGAGGAAAAGAUUCUCCAUAGCACGGCAGCUAUCUAAGGAGACUAGAAUCUAGCAAUCUGAUGAUACUGGCCUUAGUAUUUUUAUGAAAGCAGAUCUUGCACAGUGAUGUAGAACAAUGCCGCUCUUUUACUUUCCAGUAUUCUCCUUAAAAGAAAAAAAAAACCCUAAAUCUCUCAAUGUUGAGACUGAUCAGAACAGCUAUCUCUUGGAGCCUGCAAGGAACCUAGUACUACAGGUCAAAGAGGUGUGAACUGCCCCUUCAACUCACAAAGCUCACAAAAGGGUGAGUUGAGAUGUCACAUUCUUUUAAUAUUAUUCUAUGCCAGGAAUGUUGAAGGAGGCACUUCACCACUGUACUGUAUUAUGCCUUUGGACUGGGAGAAGAACAGGAGCAGGUUGUUCCCAUAAGCUAUGGUUUUACCUCGUGAUCUUCCAGAAUGGUCAGUUCUGCGUUGGGUAAACUCAGAAACCUGUUAACGUACCAAUCAGUGGAUGAGUUAAGUAACUACGGCCCUUCAUUACAUAUUCAGAAACAUAGAAAGGAUAAAAAUGUACAGUCAGGCAGGCACAGUCAAGUCUGUUUCCCUUCCAGCCCCAGUCUGAUCCCAAGAAUAUUUACAUUCUUUCUCUUUUCAAUUUGGUUGAGUUCAGCAUUUCAUCUCAGAAGACCCACCAGUCAGCACUUAGGUUUGUAAACUUCCCCUGGCAAUAAAAACAAUUUGACAAUCAGAAUUCUGUUACACAUGCCCACUCGCUCUGCUGUGUCUAGCAGACGAUGUCACAGAUGCAAAAGCUAUCAAACUCAAGUCUUUCUUCACACAAGGAGGUGUGCUCCGAUAUUUCCCCUCUAGAACAGUGUAAACAUGACAUGCCAUCCUUAAGGAACGGUGUUUUGAGGAGGUCCUGGUUGCGUGGUACAUAUAAGCUCUGGCUUUGAUACAGACUUAAUGUUCUUGAUAAUUUUGGCAUUAAUUUCUUCCAAGUCAAAUUUCUACCCUUCCUGUUUGCAGACAGCAUGUUGAAGCCUCAGAAACCAAGGCGGCAUCUCCCCUCUUAUUCAGAGGCAGGUAUCUAUCCCCCACAGAGCACCAGGCCACGGCUCAUAUUCCUCGUCCACUGUCCGUCCGCUUCUGGAUGCAGAGGCUGGACGAGAGUCCGUGUAUUUUGCAAAGCACACUCCACUGAUUUUAUGUCAUGCACUGAUCAACCAUGAUGUAUUAUAGUUUUAGAAAGAUUGUGUUAGAAACUGAAAAGAGGGAAAUAUAUAUAAGAGAUUUGGUAACAGUGGUGCCCAGCUCUUAUACCUUCGUGCUAGGUAGUAUACCAUAAAAGAACAGAAGGACCGUGUUGGAGACAUUUUGCUCUACAAAUUAAUAAGAAGGUUGCUGUUUUGUUUCUGGGGCUGUGAUAAGAAUGCUUGAACUGGAAAAGGAAUCUAACAAUAAUCAAGUAAUGCAGGUGACUUUAUUUUUUAUUUUAUUUAUGUUAUUUAUAGUCCGCCUUUCUCACUGAGACUCAAGGCGAAUUACACGGUAUGCAAAUCUGUGAUAGCAAAUUUGUGAAAUAAAUACUGAGGUAACUGCUUUACAGCAGUCCUGACUACAGAUGGGCACGAACCGGGGGAAAAAUUAACCGAACGGUUCAUGGUUCAUUGCAUUUCAUGAACCACGAACUUUCACAAACCUGCACCGGUUCGCGAAAACGUCACAUCCAGGUCAGCAAAUCGUCAUGUCUGGGUCAGCAAAAGGUCACUUCUGGGCCAGCAGAAGGCCACUUCCAGGUCAGCAGAAGGUCUGCAGGAAGUCCAUUCCCUGUUGCCUAGGAAACUGAUUGAUUGGCACCAGGCUGGCUGCAGGGACGAACCAAAAAACAAACCAAACGAACCAGCCUAAGGUUCAUGGUGGUUUGUAAGAAACGGGCUCUGAUGUACUGCUGAUUUGCGAACCAUGUGAACCGGCCCAGCUCAUCAUGAACUUUGGUUCGUAUUUCAGUUCGUGCCCAUCUCUAGUCCUGACCCAAAAGGCAUUUUUCUCUCUCUGAAUACCUACCAAACACUAUUGUGUGGAACUCUAUAAAGCAUGUCAAAAGCCUCACCAAUACGUUCCACGAAAACACUGGUUAAAGAUAGGUGUCAGGUUCGGGCACCCCAAAGCCUACUCUUAAUCUGCUGAGAUCGGUCAGGACUUGGCUUAUAUUGUGGUUAUCAGAUGCUUAACUCUAAGAUAGAGAUGUUCUUAGAUGACCUGAAAUGGCACAAGGCUUUGCAAUACACAUCCUUUCCCUCCGGGAAACAAAAAAAGGGGAAGUGCAUGACAAAGCUAUUUUAAUAAGAAUAAUUUCCUAUUGGUGGCUUUGUUCAGCUGUGGGGUCAGCUACAUCCACAUUACUGUGGAAAACUGAGAUGAAGAUGACCAAACUGUACCCCUGGGAGUUGGGCUGCUUCCAGGGGGCCAUCUCCAAAUGGCUAUUUUUGAAGGCAAUCUCGCCAAAAUAUACUUCAGCACUGUGUUUUCCUAAUUUAGGCAGCAGGGGAAAGAGAGAAUAGUUUCAAACAUGCUGUAACAGUUUUCAUUCAAACUGAAUAUUGUGAAAUAACCAAAGUAGAGACUUAAAUCAACUACUGAAGAUUGUUCUUAUUCAUACCAAAUUAAUUUGUGGAGCCUAUUGUCUUGGAAUAUUGUGACAACCAGGAGCUCAUUAAAUAUCAUUUUUAAAAUUUUCAUUAAAAAACCCCAAUGCACGGCAGACUCAAUGAGACAGUCAUUGAGAUAACCAGUUGCUAGCAAAGUAUAUGGACAAAAUCAGCUCUGUUUAUGAAGCUUGUGCUUUGGCUAACCAUACCUCAUGAAUAUAGACCAUUUACAGUGCAAUCCUAAACAGAGUUACACCCUUUUAAGUCCACUGAAGUCAGUGGGCACAGAAGGGUGUAGCUACUAUCAGAUUUGCAUGGCUAGUAACUGAACAGAUUCAGUAUUAUGUAGUAUCCAAUCUUCUACAUACAAAGACAAAAGUCCCAGUAUUUUGUUCUCCCUUCAGCACAAUUUCCUAAAGUCUGUUUCCCUCAUGGCUGGUUCCCUAUUGGCCCAAGUUUCCCGUCAUGAGGUAUUCUUCUGAGACGUGCAGCCUGAUCAUAUGAAUUCUUACUCAACAAUGAGUUCAAUUACACAAGUAUGCUUAGGACUGCAGCCUUAGUAAGCAAUGCUGCAGUCCAUGCUAGUGUCCAGCAGCAACAUGGAAAGCCCAUUCUUCUACAUUAAGCACUAGUGGCCCUUCCAUUGGUUAUUAUACACUCAACAGCUGGGCAGGUCUCUCCUGAAGCAUGGAUGCUUUCUUUCUGGGAUUUGGGUGGUUUGAUUUUCCCCCCCUCCCCCUUCUGCUGCCCAAUGGUGCUAAACUAGAAAGACAAGAUCCAAAUCACCUGCUAUUAAUUAAUGGCUUUCUCCAAUAGGACAGUAUUUUCCUUUGGGCAAUCUGACUUAUAAAAGGCAGACAGGUUAUGGUUAUUUUGGAUGUAUGCUUGUAAAUAUCAAUCCUACAAGUAUAUUAUUAUUUACUUUUAUGUUACUGUGCAUAAAUGUCAUAGAGGUUUGUGUGCAAACGUGUGUACGAGUGAAUGAGCGAGCGAGCGAGAGUGCGUGUGUGUAAAUGAAAAUGAAAAAAAUGAGUUUGAUGAUGAUAACAUGGACUGAGUUAUUUUUAUUUGAAUCACAUGACCAAAAGGCCAUUCACUGGUGGAGAUUGUUUUAUUUGUUUGUUUGUUUUGAUCACAUGACCAAACACAGCACUUGAACAUCAAAAUAAAAAUUUAAAAUAUUAAAAAAAAAUUAAAAUAUAAAAAAUAAAAGAGUUCGGAGCUUUUCACUCCAGUCCUGCAUUUGGGACAUGCACAGCUGUUAUCUCAACCUUUCCAGAUGGAAAUCCUUUUGGCUGUCUUUAAGACAGGAGGCAGCCAGCGAAGGGAAACUGGGAUUCCAAGGGGAAAGCUAAUGCCAAUACAACAUACAUCGUGCCCUACAAUAACUUUGUUUUUCCAAAAGUUGCAAGUUGGUUUUAGGUCCAUGGCUGAUGUUAAUCAACAGGGCCUUUUGUUGUACUUGUUAAGUGUGUCCAUUCACAACUCUCCAUCAUUAUCCCAAGCAGCUACCUUUCUCUACAAAACGGAUGCUGGUUCACUUUGGAAACAAGAGGCAGUCCCAUCAGGACAUUGGGAGAGAUCUCAGAGACUUUGCAGGAGCGAAACAAGGCACCUGGACUUAAAGAUGCUGAAUGUUCACUGUAAAAACUUCUGUAUCGAGAGACUGCUUUAGGCUAAGGUACCAUUUGCACUAUGGAAGGUUAAAGAAAAUUUAAAGAGACUAGGUUGGGGUUUCCCUUUUGUGACACACCCUAGAGCUCAAGAAGAGAUACUUUUAUGUUUGUGCGUUCUCUUUUUGUAAUUGCUGUGUGUGAGGAUUUGUGCGUAUGAAUCUUGGUGUAGUUCCCUUCCUGUUGAAGGCAAUUCACUGUGUAGUUCUGCAUUCCUAGCCAUCAAACAAACUGUUGUCUCUGACUUACAGGCCACAAAGUGUCUUGCUAUUGCCAUACCUCUGAACACAACUUUCACGAGGCAAACUAACCCCACAGUUACAUUUCUCUAUGAAAUACUAAGUAGGUGUUUCUACUAGUUGCCACACUGUUGACGCUCCUAAAUAGAUAUAGAAUUAGCCGAUCAAUAUCCAGAUAAACUUGGCUCCCCUUCGGGUUGUCGUAAGUGGGAGCAAAUCUCUGGAGGGGAGGCAUAUCCAUUUUCUAAAUCAGUAAGAAACAGGACCAACAGCCUGGGAACUUAGAUUCCUUAACUCUCCUGCACGAAUCAGCACCAACUUCAGUGCAAUUUCAAGGUAAAUUGACUUUAUCUCUGUGUGUCGUCUGUAGAACAGGGAGGAGACCCCCGCUCUUACUGGUGUUACGAAGCUUAAUUGGUAUAACUAGAUGCUACAGAUGAAGGAAAUGGUAAAGGCGCAAGAGUGAUUAAGUUAUUCAACACCACUGUAUAAAAAGAAAACAGUGUAGUUUGUCUCUCUUCCAACAUUCACAGUUGGUUUAAAACGUUUCAUCGUUCCAUGCCAUACUUCUUGACACUGCUAAAGUCAAUUUCUUCAACGGCCUCAUUGUCCUUUAUCAGAUCAACACGGUUCUGGCCUGUUUUACUUAGCAGCUUGGGUGCUGGAGAAAAACUGCAAGGCAAAUGUUUUAUCACAAAAGAAAUAGUCUUCCUUCCUCAGAUGGAGAAGUUCCCAACUAGUCACUUUACCGGGGAAAAAAAAGAAAUGCACAUAUUAUAGGUAGAGUAUCUACUACCUUUAUCCUACUGCAGAGGAUUUACUGACGGAAAACAUACAAACUAAGCUGAGGUGGCACUCGUUUGUGAGAAACUGGGGUCAGAACAACUGGGGACUUUUGUAGCUGUUCUUUCAUAUACAUUUUAGAAGAAGACAAGGAUUGCCCUGGCUAUUUCUCUUCUGUGUUGUAUAAACUAAAAGAAAAAUCUGUAACUGGCUUUAGACUGUCAAGUACAUCAUCAUAACCAUUGCUUCUGUUGCAAGUUCUCUUUGUCCUUUUUUAGAUUUUUUUGUACAAUAAAUAUAUAU